GCUCCGCCGCCGCCGCGUUGAGUGGAAGGGAGGAGUAGGCCCCACAGUGUAGGCAGCUCACAGGCAGUUCAUCCUCGCCGACUCUGCCUCAAACUAGCAAUAGUUUUUUUUGUUGUAACUAUUAGAAAUUAUGACACCUCUCCGUACAAGGUUGCAAACGCGUGAAAGCUAGUGAGGAAUAGUCCCCGAAGGAUCAUAUUGGAGAACGUUUUGAAUCUUCUAUAUGGGCCAUUUUCUUUCAAAAAAUGGUAAACGCGUGAAGAAAAGAAGACGGAAAGUUAGAAAGAACUGCUUUCUUCGUGGACCUUGUAUGCUAUGCUUCAUUGUUCACAAUACUUCUGCCCUUGAUGAGGAUCAGUUUGAAAGUGCAUCCAAAGCAGCAGAAAGAUACACUGCAUUGACUACUACGGAGGAGUGUGCUAAGUUUCUUCUUUCCCCAAAGGAACUUAGUAUCUGGGAAGAACAGGGUAAAAGUUUGCUUUCCAGUGUUCCAGCAAAGCUCAUUGGACCCCCUCUGUUUAGAACAGUUUGUUCAGACUAUUCCGAGAUGCCAGUUUGCAAGCGUAAAUGUGCUGGCGUACAAGCUUGUACACCUUGCAAACUGCCUCGUUCUGCAGUCGGAAGAGUUCCUGAGACUGGAUUAAAUAAUGACAUAGCACAGUGUCCAGUGUCUGUAUGUACUUUGCCUACAUCCACAGCAGAAUGUACAAAUUUGGGACUUGAGGGGAACAUGGGUGACUGCUCUUCUUUGCUCCAGCAACCAUUGUCCCCUUUGGGAUCUGAAGAUAGUGAAGUUAUUACCCCAGAAAAUCUUACAGAUUUAAGAAUGGAAUCUGAGCCACCGAAUAUUAAUCAGCUUCCUUCGUCUAUACUUCUAAAGGUCUUUGCUCAUUUAUCUUUGAAGGAAAGAUGUCUUUCGGCAUCUUUGGUUUGCAAGUACUGGCGCGAUCUUGGUCUAGAUUUCCAAUUUUGGAAGCAGCUGGACCUCAGUGGGCGACAGCAGGUCACCGAUGAUGUACUCAAGCGAAUUGCAUCAAAGAACCGAAACAGAAUCCAAAUUAAUAUAUCUGAUUGUCGAAAUAUCUCUGACACUGGAGUGAGUUCCAUAGCAAUGCAGAGUCCAGGACUGCAGAAAUAUAUAGCAUAUCGAUGCAAGCAACUUAGUGACAUUUCGCUCAUUGCAAUUGCUUGCCAUUGCCCUUUACUGCAGAAAGUGCAUGUUGGAAACCAAGAUAAGCUAACGGACGAAUCUUUACAACAGCUGGGAGAGAAAUGUCCAGAUGUCUUGGAUAUCCAUUUUGGUCAAUGUUACAAGAUCACAGAUGAAGGCAUGAUGGCAUUAGCACGGGGCUGCCCAAGGCUGCAGAAAAUCUACAUGCAGGAAAACAAACUGGUGACCGAUAAGUCGGUGAAAACAUUUGCAGAACAUUGUCCUCUGCUGCAAUAUGUGGGUUUUAUGGGAUGCUCUGUCACAUCCCAAGGAGUGAUUCACCUCACAAGGCUGAAGGAGCUCAUCAGUCUCGAUCUACGUCACAUAACUGAAUUGAAUAAUGAAACAGUAAUGGAAGUGGUGAAGAGAUGCAAGAAUUUAAGCGCUCUGAAUCUAUGUCUGAACUGGAGCAUUAAUGACAGAUGUGUGGAAUUCAUAGCUAAGGAAGGAAAGAGCCUGAAGGAGCUGUACCUGGUAUCCUGUAAGAUCACUGAUUACGCUUUGAUAACGAUUGGGCAAUAUAGUGCAACCAUUGAAACAGUGGAUGUGGGCUGGUGUAAAGAAAUCACAGAUAAAGGAGCAACCCAAAUCUCACAGACCAGCAAGUCCCUCAGGUAUUUGGGGCUUAUGCGGUGUGAUAAGGUGAAUGAAGAUACAGUAGAACGUCUCGUUCAAGAAUACCCGCAUAUCACCUUCAGCACUGUGAUGCAAGACUGCAAGCGGACACUGGAACGAGCCUAUCAGAUGGGAUGGAUUCCGAAUACAUCAACAGCAUCAUAAUGCUGAGAACUAUUUUGUGUAAACUAAUUGUGUGGUUCUUGUAAGUCUCAAAUUCAUAAAUACAGUAAAGAGUGGUUGCAAGAGACCAUCACAAAAAUAAUAAGCUGUGUCGAACUGAAUUAAUAACCACAAAAAAGACAAUGCAUUUCCAUUUUCUGUUCCUGUUUUGACAAUCCUUUCCCUUUAAAGAUUCAAAUCAUGGAUUUUUAGAUAUCCAUGGAAGGAGUUUAUUUUUAAAGGAACAUUAAUAAUUGACAGCAGGUAUUGUUUUUAACCCAAGUGGGUUUAUUUUAUGAAUUAUUUGACGCCAGUUGUCAUUUUGUCUUUGAAACAGCUGUAAUUAAAUCUUCUGCAAUGUAUUAGUUUAAAGUAAACAGUAUGUCUUUUCUACAACAUACUUUCUGCAUUUUGCUACAUCUGAGUCCCUAACGGAUGUAAUGCGAACUUUCAAAUAUGACUAUAAUCUGUUAAUUUCAUCUGGUUAUAGUUUUGUUUAACAACUCCUCUCUUUGUUAAUCUCUGUUGAGAUUGCAUCUCAUUUAUUAAUAAGCUUGGUUAAAAAUCUGAAUUCCAUUUUAUUAAGCUUUAUUCAUCCAUGAAAUAAUCAAUUACUACUGAUGAUAAAGAAUAGCAAUGAUUUUACUGUAGGUAGAAGAAUCAAUGGAGUGUUUUCCCCCCAAAUCCAGAUUUAGCUGUAGCCAGCAGGUCCAAUAAUGUUGAUGUACUUCGUUACUGUUUUUACGUUUUAUUUCACCUACACAGUUGUUCAGAAAUAGCUUGUGUAGGACAUAAUUUUUAUAAUACAAAAAUCUAAAUAAAACUAAUUUUUGCCAGUUAUAAAAUUGUUGUAAAUAUUGUGCCUGAACACUUUAUUAAUUAACACAAGAAAGUGACCGAGGGUACUAAUUAAAAUUGACAAAAUAACACUGGAUUAUUGUGUUGUUUAAGACGGCUUUAAAUGACCAUAUCCAGUGAGAAAACUACAAUCCUAAUACCAAUAAACUGUCGUUUGUCCAGUUUUGACCAAAGAGAUCCAGAAUAUAGAAUAAGUUUGCAGUUUCUUCUUGCUUACAUAAGAUAAUUCAUUAUGUUUUGACAUUUUCUGAAUAACUUACGUCAUCAGAUGUUAAGGGAAGAGGUAUAUGCAGUGUGGAAAUCAAAUUUGUUUAAUUUGUUAAAGGUUCAUUGGAGAUAAAUAGUUUCACAGAAAAAUGUAGGAACCGUAAAAAUUAUUUGUCUAUUAAUGUGUGUGUGCGUGUUUUAAAUAUAUGCAAUUGUUAUGAAAUAUACAUUGAACAGGCCAGUUGUAUGAUCUGCUUCAAAGUUCUUUGACUCGGCUAAAAAUGAGGAGGUGGUAGCAAGGAAAAAGAAAGGGCAAUUUAACUGUAAAGGCAACCUUUUUAUAGUCCAUACUGAAACGGAACAAAUCGAGACAACUGACAGUAGCAAUAUGGUGUAUCUAACUGGAAGUCUCCAUGGGCCAUGCCUCAAAACCGCAGCAUUCGUGAUAAAUAGGUUUGUCAAUUUUUAAUUAGAUUGAUUUUCUCAGGUCUUGCAGAGUUGUCUCUUUUAUGUAAGAUUCAGCCAUUUCUAAGUAUUGCACCUUUCUGUUAAAUUCUUCAAAUGUAUCUGAGUUUUGGAGUCAAUAAUUAAUGUGAAUGAUUUUAAUUUGAAGAUUUCACCAACAAAGAGUGUUUUCUGU